UUAUCACAGAAUUGUCAGUAUAUUACUAAUUCAGCAGUAAAAGUUAUAUUUAAAAUCAGGCUAAAUGGUUGCUAAAUGGCUUCGCGGAUACUUGUCAUGAUUUUCAUUGUGUGUUGCCUAUUAAAACCUUACUGGAAUAAAGUUUUGUUAAUAUCUAUGGAUGGAUUCCGUUGGGAUUAUAUACAGCAAGUGGAAACACCAAACUUUGACGCAUUUGCCGCAAAGGGGACACGGGCAGAGUAUAUUAAUGGAAGUUUUGUUACGAAGACAUUUCCCUCACAUUUUACUAUUGCAACAGGUUUGUACCAGGAAAGUCAUGGAGUCAUAGCCAACAAGAUGUAUGAUCCAGAAUUUGAUGAAUUUUUCAACAAACGGACAAAAGACACGAAAUGGUGGGAUGGUGGAGAACCUCUUUGGGUAACCGCACGAAAACAAGGCCUUAAAAGUGCUGCGUUCUUUUGGGUAGGCAGCGAAACUAAGAUUCGAGGCUUUAGACCGAACUUUUAUUUUCCUUACAAUGAGUCAAUUCCCUUUAAGAAUCGUGUUGAUACAGUUUUGCAGUGGUUUGCAAACGACGUAGAUCUUGCAUUGUUGUAUUUUAAUGAACCUGAUUCUACUGGGCAUAAAUUUGGUCCUAACUCACCUGAAGUAAGAGCUAAAGUCAAAGAAAUGGAUGACAUCGUAGGUUAUAUUGUUGACAAGUUCGAUGAAAAUAAAUUAUGGAACACUGUUAAUGUCAUUAUUACCAGUGACCAUGGUAUGGCGGAAAUAGAUUAUGCACACAAGCAUGUUGACCUGAUGGACUAUAUUGAUAUGAGUGCAGUAGACAAAAUACCGACUUAUGGACCAUCAUGUAAUAUUCUACCAAAGGCAGGGAUGGAGAUGGAAAUUAUAAAUAACUUGACUAAUGUGCUGCAUAUUAAAGUAUAUAAAAAAGACGACAUCCCUGAACGAUGGCAUUACAGAAACCAUAGAAGAAUAUUGCCAGUGCUGGUCGUUGCCGAGGAAGGAUGGCUGGUGCUUAAGGAGUAUAAAGAAUACAGUCGUGUGGACAGAGGAGCACAUGGAUAUGACAACGCUCUUAUGUCUAUGAAGCCCAUCUUUUAUGCCCGGGGACCAAACAUUAAACAAGGAUACGAGGCAAUGCCAUUCAAUACCGUUGACAUAUAUCCACUGAUAUGCAAGCUUCUUUGUCUAAAGCCAGCCCCUAACAAUGGCACACUUGACAAUACGAAACCUUUUGUUGUGAAUGAGAACUCAGUGGCCUGUCAAGCCAAUACGUCGGGAACCGUCUCAAUGUGUGUGUUUCAAUACAGAAACACACUUGCAUGCCUUGUAAUGUUCAUCAAAAUAAUUCUUCUAUUGUAAAGCUUGUACAAGAAGUAUUUUAGUACAAGAAGUUUUCACAGUAUUAUAGUAAGCAUCAUUAGUUACAAACUAAAGUUGUAUCAUGUAGAAAUAACUAAUAACCGAAUAGAUGUGCAUAUCUGCAUUUGCUUUAAAGAUAUAUAAAUUGAAUUUUAGCAGUUCCUCCUCAGUCAAAAAAUUCGAAAAAUCAUAAUAAUUAGAAAAAGAUGCUCCAGACUCUCCGAUAUUUUAGGGCAAAAUUAGUAAUAAUUAACCAGCCUUUGGAUAAAGCUAACAGUUUUGGUGUCUUAGUGCUUUUAUCAUUCCGAUUUACUUCAGCAUUUGAGUAAAAAGUAUUGUUUCAACGAACUCUAUUUUACAUUAUAUAUUGGUUUGACCUGUCGCUCUAUCAGUAGUGUAAAUGAAUGUAUAUUAUACAGUGAAUUGUGGCAUGCUUAUGAAUAAAGAUACAUGAUA